AUGGCACCGCUCAGUGUUGAGACGAUGGAAACACUCCUGAACCUCAAGCGUAAGAUCAGACGCGACAAAGACGCCGCCCCUACUCAACCGAUCGUUGGCGCGACCAAUCGAUACAACAAGUUGCAACCAGGAGCAACUUACAUACACGCAGGUGCUCUACCAUACCCCCGCGGCCCAGAAGGCUACAAGAAAACAAUCGAGCACGCUGGUUACACUCGGAGCAUUCUCGCACGUAAUCCUAUUCGACAUAACGAAUUCGGCGAUGAAAUAGAGGACGAGGAUAGUGACCCCGAAGCAGAUGCCGAUGCGCAGGAAGAAAACCCUUACAGCGGGGUACAUUUAGAAGAACUGCUCGCCCCUCUCAGACACCCAUCAGAAUUGGCAACUCACCCUUCGCUAUCUAUACCAUUCACCGAUUCGGCUCUGCCAAAUAUGGUCAAGGAAACCGAGGAAAAGUUGCGCCAUGAGCGCCAGAUGUUAGCGAACGCUCAGCGGUUGCAAGAGAAGUUGAUGGGUGAUGAGUCUUGGAUGCCUUCCGGUCGUGUCGAAACACCUGAAGACUGGGACUUGUUCGAGCCAAGAACGCGGGCAACUGAAAUCAACGGGAAACGCAAGAGAGACGCAGCCGUGCCGGUGCAGAACGGGGAUGCCAGCCAUGGUCAGGCAGCCGGAUCCAACAGGUCAAUAGAAGCCCGAGAAACAGAAGCUACCAACGCAGAUAUCACCGAACCAGCCACCGCGGUGCAGAACCGCACGGAGUCCAGCGAAGAACAUCCCACGGCCAACGACGUGGACAUGCAAGACGCCGACCUACCCUCUGACAAUGCUGUAAAACAACCAGGAUUGGAGGGCGAUACAGAAGACGCACAAGAGAAGGCUAAGAUCAACGGUGACGCCGACGACAUCGACUCCAGGAACGAGCCUACCACUGGUGAUCCCGAUGAAGAUGGCAGUACUCCUGCCCCACCACCACGGCGCAUAACACGCGCUUUGGCUGCCGAAAACACCACAGCCGACGAUCGAUCGCAGCGGUCCCCCUCGGCGCCCGUCUCCACGGUGUCCUCAUCGCUCCUGCAACCCGACCCAGUGUACCUCCUACCUUCGGAGCUCAGCACAUCCGCACGUUUUGCUGCUCUUCCCCUUGCUCUUGAGACUCCUGCCGACGAGCUCCUCGAAACCCGGCGCUUGCUUGGACACUACAUCCAAAAACAACAAGAAACCAUCCGUGGCUUCGAGUCUAUUCUAGAAAAGCUGUACAGAGCGAAACAUCUCCGCUCCAAAGUAUGGGAGGCUUGCAAGGCUGAAGGACAUGUAGGCGAGUGGAGCGAUGGCGAAGAUUGGAUCGAUGCAGAGAGCUGGGGAGAGAAGGAGGAAGACCUGAAGAAGGGCCGUGAUGAAGACGAAGCGCCCGAAGGUCAGGCUGAAGAGGAAGCUCCGACCAGGGUGCAGAGAGGGGCGAAGGGAAAGAGAAGGCGAGGCAGAGGCGAGAAGGAGUAG